UUAUCCCACGUGACCUUGCAAGUGUGGGCUCUGAGUACCGGGAGACAUGAAUGGUGCGGUGCGGGGGGCAGCCUUGGGGCUGCUGCAGCAGACAUGUGGAGCAUUACAAACUUCCUGGUGCCGAACUCUAUUUGUGAGUGUGCAGAGAUAUCAGAAUACUGCAGGCGAUGCCAAAACUGCUGAACGUAUCCCAGAGCACAGCCUGGUUCCACCUGUGCCUGGGGAGUCCAGCCCUUUGCGAUGGGGUGGUAUAAAGUUUGAAGAAUUGCCAAUUGUCCAUAUAAAAGCCACAUAUAACAACACACAUAUUCAAGUCACAAGCUUUGACAACAAGCCUCUAGUGCGUGCAUCGUGUGGUACUGAGGGCUACAAAAAUGCCAAGAAAAGCUCCACAGUAGCAGCCCAAACCACUGGGAUUGCAGCAGCAACGAAAUCUGUGAAUAAAGGUGUUUCUUUUGUGAGAGUUGUAGUGAAAGGCAUGGGACCUGGAAGAGUACAUGCCAUCAAAGGGUUAACAAUGGGAGGACUGGAAGUGAUAUCCCUUACUGAUAAUACACCCAUCCCACACAAUGGCUGCCGUCCACGGAAAGCUCGGAGAUUGUAAACGAGAAUGUUCUAGAAUGGCUGAAGCGCAGCCUGUGCCGUUACUGUAGACACUAAAUGGAAGAAGCGGCUCAUACAGCUGCACGGUGUCAGGUCAUGAAGUCAUCCCUUUAUGACAAGAUUUUUUUUUUCUUUCUUGUAUUUAAGGCUGUUUGGAAGCACUCUGCAAUAUGGUUAAUGCGUGCUUAGAAUGGAAGGCGGAGAAAUAGAUUUUGUUGAGACCAAUUUUUUUUUCACCUCGCUUUUAAGAUGCCUGUAAUAAAAUGUCACAAAAUGUUUGAGCUUACCUUUUGUAUGCCCUGUACCUCGUGUGUUUUCUCUUU